UUUGUUUGGGAAAGUGGAAAGUAGGAAAUUGGAAGGUCUUUGAAUAUUUAGUGAAUUAAGUGGGUUUCGUUUACUGAAGAUUUGAAAUAAACUGUGCUGCACGAUUGUUCUAGUCGGUGUACCAUAAGAAGACCAAGAUCGAAUCUGGUGUUGUGGGUCGGAAGACAGAAAGUGUCAUUUACGUGACGAUCGGAUAUUAGGUAUCAAGUGUCGAAUAUUUAUGGUUGAAAAAAAAAAAACCCAAAAGCAAGAGAAGCUAAUGAAGCUCUAUAAAUUGACCUGUGAAGAAUAAGCGAAUAUUGAGCCGAUUUAUGUGGAUUUUGAAGAAAGGAAGCGCUUCCGGUGUUAAUUUUUUUUGUUCGUGCAAACGGAUCCGAUGGUAGUUUAAGUGUGGAGCUGUGCAGCAGAAUACGUGAUAAAAAACCGCCACCAACGGCACUCACCAUGGUGCGCAGCCUGUCGCAGUGGACCAAAACACUCAGCUUUCCGGCCCGGAUUUCACCAAACCGGAACUCGAAGGAGUGCAACGUAAACAUGUUGCCAAUUACGCCGCCCCCGGCUCCGCCUCGUAAUAAACCGAUCGCAACGACGAAUUCUUCAAACUCCUCUUCCAACUCGUCGACCACAUCGUCACCAUCGCCACCGCCGAACGUGCCAAUAACGGAAAUAAGUCAAAUUAUUUAUCCGGACCCGGAGUCAGAAAAGGCAAUUAUGGGCUCGUUGGUGUUUUGCAUCCAUCAUAAGCAGGGCUGUAAAUGGUCCGACGAAUUACGCAAGCUGAAGGCCCAUUUGAACACCUGCAAGCACGAUGCCAUCCCCUGUCCCAACAAGUGUGGCUCGCAGAUCCCGCGGGUCAUGAUGACCGAUCAUCUGGCGUUCACCUGCAUUUUGCGUCGUGCCAUCUGCGAGUUUUGCAACGUCGAAUUCACCGGUAUCGGCUUGGAGGAGCACGCUGGCACGUGCAGUUCUGAGCCAAUAUAUUGCGAGUCAAAAUGCGGAGCGCGCGUCGUUCGUGGUCGCAUGUCCAUCCAUCGUGCCAAAGAUUGUGCCAAAAGACUGCGUCGGUGUCCGCACUGCAGUCGUGAGUUUAGUGCUGACACUUUAUCUGCUCAUGGAGCAACGUGUCCUCGUUGCCCGGUGCCAUGUCCUCAGCGCUGUGACGCUGGUCCAUUCGCAAGGGCUGAUCUAGAAACACAUUUACGCGACGAGUGUAAAGCCCUGUCAGUACCGUGUACCUUCAAGGAAGCAGGUUGUCGAUUCAAAGGACCGCGUCAUCUACUGGAAGCUCAUCUCGAAUCGAACACCUCAUCUCAUCUGUCACUGAUGGUUGCCUUGUCUGGCCGGCAGGGACAACAAAUCACUAUGCUCAAGAAUGCUAUGGCUAAACUAAGCACAAACUAUACGGGAACACUUUUGUGGAAAAUUACAGAUUGGUCGGCAAAAAUGAUCGAAGCUAAGAGCAAGGAUGGUCUCGAGCUGGUCUCGCCUCCAUUCUACACCAGCCAGUAUGGCUAUAAACUUCAGGCUUCGAUGUUUCUCAAUGGCAAUGGCCCCGGGGAAGGAUCACAUGUCUCUGUGUACAUCAAAGUUUUGCCUGGUGAAUACGAUGCCCUUCUAAAGUGGCCUUUCUCACACUCAGUAACGUUCACUUUGUUUGAGCAAGGAACUCUCGGUGGACAAGGUGGUGUAGCGGAAUCAUUCGUGCCUGAUCCAUCCUGGGAAAAUUUCCAACGCCCUUCAACAGAACCAGAUGCCCUUGGCUUCGGCUUUCCUCGGUUCGUGUCACAUGAAUUACUCAACCGCAGACCAUUCGUUCGGGAAGACACCGUAUUUCUGCGUGUAAAAGUAGAUCCCAGUAAGAUCGUGGCGGUGUAGCGAUAGAAAAACAACAAAUACGUGUAUAAGCAAAACAUAUCGAAACAACGAGAGAACAAGGAACUGCAUUUAUCUAUAAUUAGUUAUCUGUAAAUAUAGUGAGCGAACUCUAGUGUCUAGGAACAAAAUACAAAGCGUUGUAAAUAUGAACUUAAUCAAAUCAACGAGAUGCUCACAACUUGUGGCUUGCACCAAAAACACUCUGUACACAUUCAAUCGAAAGCGAAUGCAAAGUCCAACGAAUCAGCUUGAAAAUCUCAAUUUAUAACAUUACGUUUUGUUAAUUUACUGUUUUCAUUUAUUAAUUCGUAUUUGUACCAAGAGCGAGUGCAUAUAUGUAGUACACUCAGAUCUAUCGUCUUGUCUCGUAGCUUUCUUUCCCAUUUUUAUCAAAACGAGGAUCGAAACAGAACGCAGGAAGUACCGCUGGAAUCAUGCCAAAGUUUUGUUUGGAUGGCUUUGCGUUGGGUGCACCGUGCCGAACAUCAUGCAAAGCUCAUAUCAUAAUCGAAAAACUUACUUUUCUCCUUUGUAGUGUACAAAAUUUUAUGCAGCUAUAGACCAGCUGAAUUAAAACCAGUUUCUUUAUUUCGUUUCUGUUGAUUAAAUCUAAAUUGUAGAACAUAAGAUAACAUUUCGAGUCAUUAGAAUAAUAUUCGCUAACGAAUAAAAUGUACUUCUGAUUGCCGUAAUGACACACAGCAAGUUGUAAGCGGUUAGAAUUAAACUUCAACACAAAACUAGUAUUUAAGGACAUUUGUAUUUAACUGUA